AUGUUCAGAGCUCAUCGCCCCGCCGGCCCUAGUUGCGCUCUCUUGAGCGACCCGUCUUCGUCGUCCGCAAGCUCGCGCAGAGCCGUUAAGCCGGAGGGGCGACCCAAGCGAGGCCGCAGUCCAUGUGAGGAUGAAGUGGCCUUCAAGGAGCUGCAAGCACGCAAGCUGGACGUGCAAAGUCGACUGCGGCAGCAAAUCGAAGUAUUGUCUGGACUCGAGAGUAAUGUGCUGGAUUUCUACUACACCCACAUGUUGCGGUUUGAGCCGCUGGUUGAACCCACAUCGCAGAUAUCCCCGUCCGCGGCGACAGCACCAGCCUCGGCCAGGGAUGCCGUAUUAGGAGGAGAGUUUGCAGAGCUUUUUCCCGAAUUGAAAAGCACCACCACUCUCGCCGACACGUGUGAUGAGAGCGCCACCGUAUCGACACACGAGCCCGCGCCGAGUCAGUCGACUGGGGUGCCGGCAAAAACGCGCUAUUAUUACGACAGCGCACUCAUGCGGCUGUACCGCGAGGCCGCCUUUCAAGACAAGAACCUGGCGCAUCGGUACGCCCGUGAAAAGGCUCGGGUAGCGGCGACUGAGCUGUCUGUGCAGCGCGACAUUAUCGACGGCUCUCUCGCCGAACAGCUCCGCACAGAACAUGAGGAGCAGGAAGCACUCAACAAACUGAGUGGCUCCCUUGCAGAGGUGACGGCGCAAAGUGCGGCACACCAGCAGUCGUUGCAGGCGGCAGAGGAGCGUAUCAAGGGGAUCGAGAAGGCCAAAGAGGCGUGUCUCGCUCGCAAGACAGUGCUUGAGGCAAAGAAGCAGGAGCAGAUGGAUAACGCGGAGCACAUCAAAGAGGAGGUAGCCGCGUUUCGCCGUUGCGUCGAGGCCGCCGCCCGCGAUCUGGAGAGGCGGCGACUGAUCAAUUGCAGUCUAGAGGACGAGAUUGGGAGGAGACGUGCCGCGCUGAAGCGACGCAAGAAGGAUUGA